CUGUAAUCUAGAGGCGUUUCAUAUCCAUGUAAUUUAUAGUAUAUAUCUAUGGUGCUUGUCUUCUAACUUUAGUGCAAAAAGCCACGGCACCCACUAGUACAGUACAGUCGAGUCAGUCUCUGGGUACGGGUGAAAAGCUGGCUACAUCAGGCUGGGAGUGACUCAGAAUGUCUAUAAAUAAAAUCCUCUCAACAACAGAUGAGGUCCGAACAUUUGACAACACAUCUAUAUCUGAUAUCGUCAACACUAGCACUGCAUCCAAUGGCAGAAUUGCUGAGCAACCCAAGGAAAGGAUACAAGUAGUCGGAAACAUCAGUCAGUUCUCAAGCGCUCAGGAGAAAGAAAAUUUGAGAUUUAUUGUUGGAGGUAUACUCCUACAUCUAGAGGAAGAAACCCCUGAGGAGAUUUUCAAUCUCUUACUUGACAAGUACGAGACUUCUACACCGUCUGAAGAAGAACCGACAAUUUCAACUGAACUUUUUCGCGAGGCAUUAGAGUGUGCCAUAUCUAAUUGUACUAGUGAUAGUGCGAGUGAGACUGCGUCCCGUCUUAAAAGUCUCGAGCCAUUCUGUGUCUCGGGAAGUUUUGAAAAUAAAGAAAACAUAACAGCACAAUUCUGUUUUCGAAAGCAACUCCUUAAAAUAGGAUGUCAAAUAACUACUGAUGAUGAACUUAAGAAGAUUGUUGACAAGUUUGAGGAAAAGGAGUUGGGUAAAAAUAAAGAUGAUGUCAAAACUCCAAUGGAAUUGUUCAGAUGCCUACUGCGUAAGGGAGUCAUUUCACCGGAUGAUCCUUCAUCAAUUGUUUCUUUUGAGCAGAAGCUAGGAAUUUUUAAAGCAGCAGGUGUUACAACUUCGGCAAAAAGCUUCCAAGCUCUAAGCAGCGAAGGACAUGCAGUUGAUGGAGGGUGUGGUAUGCAUACACAGAAAGGAUCGUACAGCUUCAAAAGUAUUUCGUGUCUAUUCGUUAUUGUAUUCUACGUGUUUGUAGCCGUGGCCCUGGUCGGAUUCAGCCUCUACUGCGUCUGGCUCAGUAGCACCCAAUCCCACACACAAGACGUGCUGUUCUACAGAAACAACACUAUACUUGUAGCAAGAGAACCACUGAGUAGCGCUUUCACUGAAAGAGUGAACUUCACUCUAAAUUCAAAUCAUCAGUCUGACCUUCAAGUUUGCUACUACGACUGUACGAAUAUCUCGCCGCAAACACGCUCCGUCUCAGUCAAUGUGUCGAGAAGUAGCAGCCAUGACCAAAAAAAGCCAAGCAGUAGCCAACGGAGAUUGGUGAUGUUUUCAAAUAGUGUUGAAGUUACAUUUGCUAGUGUCUUCAUGCUAGGUGGUUCAAGUGUUGUCUUUUCGGUAACUGGCUUGAACCAACAGAUAGAACUCUAUAUCCUGACUACCUUUGAACAGUGUAAAUCCUUUUUGAGAGGAUUUGACAACUCAAGCUUUGAACGUUUCGAAUUAAACGCAUCCAAUGACUACAGAGUGAAUUUUGUGGUCCCACAAAGUCCACACAAUAAUUAUUGUGGUGCUUGGGUGAUCCCACCAGAAAUAAUGAAUGCAACAUUUCAGUACAUGAUCAAAGGAUUUCGAAAUAUUUAUAAUCUUGAGAGCUCUGUCAGCUCGAAUGUAACAUGUGUGUCACCUUUCACAUCACCCUCCUAUAAUUUAUAUAUCCCCAUAUCGUACACCUUGAGACGCAUGUGUGUGUUUUUAGCACAAAUGGACCACAAUAGUUUUACUACUGGAACAAUACAGACUUUUCCUACUCUUAAAAAUCCUCUGUUUGGAGUUCCUAUGAGUAUUGGUAGUUUUUUAUUUUUUAUAUUACCAAUAAUUAUUUGUUUUGUGAUCAAAUGGGCUUACAAACAGUGCAAUACUUCGUAAUUUUUUUGUUUUUUAUGCUUGUCUUUAUAAUUUGUUUGUCAAUCAGCACUUUUAUUUUGAUAUAAUUAUAGAAUGAUGUUCUUGGAGGUGUACUGUACGCAAAUUGAUACAUUAAUUAUUGGUUUCAUAACAAACUUGUCAGUUUGCAUGGCCGGCAGGCUAUACGUAGUUAGAUCAACAUUAUAAUUUAGUUACCGAUCCCGAAGAAGUCUUCAAUUUUCAUAUCAUGCAUGAAGAGCCCAUGCAUGUGCCUUACCACGAUGUAGAACAAUGUAUGUGUUUACUUAGCAUUAUGCACAUGCAAUAAUAUUGUUAUUGCCACUGGGGAGUGUUGAGUCAUACAUGUACUACAAUGCAUGGUAAUCUACCUGGGAUUUCCCCUAACCUGGGUUUACAACUGCAUGUUACAUAGUCCCUGGGAAUUUUUCCAUAUCUUAUCACUUAAAACAGCUCCAAGUCUUGCACCUAUAUAAGUUUCCCUAGUCAGGCUAGCUAGUGCAGUAUAAGAAAAUCAAGUUCUUGAUGAUCUGAAAUAACAGUGUCUCUACUUCUAACAAUGCUUUCUUCAUUCGAAGUGAUUUACUCGUUCCUUCAAACUGGUUUCCUUGCUUUUGCUGUGUAUCUUUCAGCAAUCAUUCUUAAAACAUUGCUGCCAGGAAAAUCUCUGCUUUGGUUUUGGUUCAAUCAUACACAGUCUGAGUGUCAUGAUGCAGAUGAAUGUAUUGAUGGUGGAGGAAUUGAUGGCACUGAUGAUGCCGGGGAUCCUGACAAGAUCGUAUCCAUUGUGCUUCAAGUCCCUCGUAUUUUGCCAACCACUUCCCCCACGACAUCAAUAAGUAGUGUGAUCGACAGCUUACUGGAGCCCAUUGAUGAAGUUGUCGAUAACAUGCUGUUUACUUCAAGCAAGUUUAUUUCUCUUAAUAAUAGUGUUCAAGAAUGUGU